AUGCCGAGAGGAGAUGGUCCAUUUGAAGUACUUGAAAGACUCAAUGAUAAUGCAUACAAAAUUGAUCUUCCACCCGAAUACCAAGUUCAUAACACCUUCAAUGUAUGUGAUCUCUCUCCUAUGUUGGUGCAAGAUGAUGAUCCUUUAAAUUUGAGGACAAAUUCUCUUCAAGAAGGGGAGAAUGAUACAAUUCGAGUGGCAUCAAGACCUUUUACAAGGAGCCAAGCGAGGGAACUUCAAGCUAUGCAGGCAUUGUUCAUGAGGAGGGACGUACUUGAAUACAUUCUAGAACCUUCCCGGAGAUUUCAAGUGUUCAUGCUAGCAUGGGAGGAUGGUUUGGAGAAGAAGGUUGAAGAUGGUCAUGCUUGCAAUGUGGCUAUUACUUGA